GCCGUGGUGAAGCGUUUCCGCCAAGAUGGUUGUCGGUGCCUUCCCUAUCGCCAAGCUCCUCUACCUCGGAGUGAGGCAGAUGAGCAAGCCCGUGGCGAACCGGAUAAAAGCAGGAGCCCGGAGGAGCGAGUUCUUUAAAAACUACAUCUGCCUGCCGCCGGCGCAGCUGUAUCACUGGAUUGAGAUGAGAACGAAGAUGCGGAUCAUGGGCUUUCGGGGUUCCACCAUUAAGCCGCUGAACGAGGAUUCGGCUGCAGAGCUGGGUGCAGAGUUGCUGGGAGAGGCUAUCAUCUUCCUCAUCGGUGGCGGCUGUAUGGUGCUGGAGUACAGCAGGCAGGCUUCGAACUCCCGCCGCAAAGAGGAGGAGCUGAACGAGACCAUCACAGGCCUACAGACUGAAAUAGCAGAGUUAGCAUUAACCACAGAGACUCUCAACGCACAGCUGAGAGAGGUCAACAGGCAGCUGGCUUCAUUUUCUGUUCCCACCCAAAAAUGAUUAAAACAGUCCUUUGCUAUAUGGCAAGGCAUGUUGGUCUGUGUGUGAAGGAGCAGAGUGCACUUAAAUAGUGUCGUUGAAUGUACUGCUGGAUAACUGCCCUGUUUCACACGCUGCCACCUGCCAUACAGUUGAGUGGAGGAGGUGGGCAUAAGCAUAUCACUGUGCGGUGGAUUUGGGUGCUGUCCAAAUGCUCAUGUUUUGAGCAGCUAGUUGUAAAUUGGGAUUGCUAUGAUAUUCAUAGUGAAUUUCUAUGGUGGGUCUUGCAUGUUCAUUGUAACGUCAAGUGUACAUAAAGAUUUACAGUAAAAGGCAAGAGUGACCUAAAAGUUAAUAUAUUUUAUAGCAGCUGCAGCCUCAUGGACCUUCAUUGCUUAGAAAAUGCUGAUUUUCAUGCUUUGUGAGUGAGGAUUGGUUAUAUAAUAACUUGAUAAAUUUUGGGAACUUCAGAUAACAAAAACUGACAACAAAACAAACAAACCAACACUAGGUCACAUGAGUGGAUUUAUUUUGAGAAUAUGUGCCCCUAAAGUUUCUUGUACACUUCAUGUUGUGAUUGCUGGUUCUUGUACAUUGACUGAUGACGGCUGGAUAAAUGAUGGUGUGAAAUAAAAGGGUACAAUGUGUGCUAAUAGAGUUUGUGUCACAUUAAAUACUCUGAGCCACCA